CCUCACUCACGUAAUAACCUCUGCUACUAAUUACACCCUGAACGUGAACAUCUGAAAAUAUCCUUUCCCAUUGCCGCUUAGCGCUCAUCGGCCGGACGAGGCGGAACCUUACUCUGAUUAGAUGCCAGGCCAGCGUGGAACCGCUCGGAUACAGCUCGGUCACGCUUUCUGUACCCUUCUCGGGGGGCGUAUCUCAACCAUGCACCCCUCAAGCACGCCUGCACACUUCGUUAGCGAGUCGUCCGUCUUCGGUGAUACACUAUCGUCCAAGUGCUACAAUCGAGAUGAUGGCUCUAUCAGAAGACAUGCGCGCAGCACGGUAUUGAUUUGGCACACCAUCCUGCCGCCCUGCAGCAGAGUUUUCAAACCAUCAUAUCCCGUCAGUCCGAGGAAUAGAGUGGAGAUUGACGAUGCUUAUUUCGGCAUAGAAGAGGGCCAUAGUAGCUCCAUUUCAUGGAUGGCGGAGGCGCAAUACGGUCCUCUCCUCACUGCUGCUCUCGCGUUCGCGAUUACACGAUUACGAGCGCGAGUCGUUGCCCUGUCUGUCCCCAUGUGCCGCCCCGGAGAACGCGUUGGCUACUACGUCCAUGCUCCGCUGAAACGUACCACGCUUCCACGACGCGUAGGAGCCAAAAUCCACUAUCAUCUUUUGUAAUCCGUCCUCGCCGAGCACGUAACCCUGUAGCAAGGCACGCGUUAGGUGGCAGA